AUGGAGGAACGCGAGCUGGAGGAGGAGAUCAAGAACCUCUGCGCCACGACGCACCUACAGCUCGAAGCGGUUUUCUUGGAGAAAAUGAUGCAGCUGUACGAGAUCCAGCGAAUCACCCACGGCGUCAUGAUGGUCGGAACGGUUGGCACCGGGAAGUCCGCCGCGUGGAGAACAUUACUCGCCGCGAUGGAAAGAAUCGAUAAGAUCAAAUCCGAGGCAAUCGUGAUCGAGCCGAAAGCAAUCACGAAGGACGAGCUGUACGGGCGGUUAGACUAUGAAAUGCAAAAAUGUCUGGGUCUGGAAGAAUGCGAGAUUUGUCAUGCUUGUCUGGCAUGACCAAAAAGUUUGUUAUGCGUGUCCAAGAAGAGAUCCUUCUGCCUGUCAUGCGAAAACGCAGUUUGUCAUGCGAAAAACGCAACGCAAAGAAGCGCAGAUAUUUCUCAUGCUUGCUUGUGCAUUACAGAGCAUUCACUAUUCCCAACGCAGCAUUACAAGUUUCCAGACCCAGACAUUUUUGCAUUUGACAUAGACCCCACGACGCUGGAGUGGACGGACGGCGUUUUCACGGCGAACUUGCGCCGGAUUUUAUCAUAUCAAAUGUAAAAGUGUUUGGGUCUGGAAGAAUGCCAGACUUGUCAUGCAGGUUUUCCAUGACCCAUGGGGUCUGGUAUGUAGGACAUAGCACAACAGACUCAGUGAGAGGUCUACCAUGCCUAUCCUGCAUGAGAAAUUGCCUCUCGAUUAGGUCAAAAGUGGACAGCUUUUGGUAAUCACGCAACACAGAUCUUUGCAUGAUUCAGCUUUCGCAUGACAAGUUGCUUUGUUCCAGAUCCAGACAUUUUUGCAUUUCAUAUAUCAAAAAACUCCGCGACCGCGAAACAGGGAUCGGAUCGGAGGUACUGGAUAGUAUUUGACGGCGACGUGGUAUCCCACGAAAAAAGUGUUCCAGUUUCACAUUUGUACGUCAAUUCAGCAACACAAAUUUCUCUGCAUGCAAAAGAAAACUUGUAAUGCAAAAAUCCUACGGGAAAACACCUAUGAUUAUGAAAUGAGGCUCCUAUGCAUAUCCGACAUAACAGAGCUUGCCUGUCUUGCUUGGCCUGCAACACAGUGUGUAACUGCACGACUUUUUUCUUGCGAUACGUGGACCCCGAGUGGGCGGAGAAUUUGAACUCGGUUCUAUGCAUCGCAAAAGUAUCGUACUAGUAUAAAAAAUUGCAUCACAAAUUUUGGCAAGAAGAAAAGUGGAAUUUGUAAUGCUGUUUUACCUUAGGAAGGAGAUUUGUCAUGCAUAUUUGCAAUUAGUACGACUACGAUACUUUUGCACAAGAUAGGUUUUGGACGACAACAAACUUUUGACGCUACCGAACGGGGAGCGGCUUUCGAUCCCGCCGAAUGUGAGGCUACUCUUCGAGGUCGACACGUUGAAAUACGCCACUCUCGCC